AUGGCAAAGGAUAAAAAGGCCAAAAAGGCCGAACAGAAAGCUCGAGCUGCUGCAAAGCAAUCGAAGAAAGCGUCACAGAAGGAGAAAAAGGCCAAGGCCAAGGGCUUGAAUGAUGACAGUGACGCGGAAGACGUUGACCUUGAUGCUGUUCUGGCUGCCUAUGCUGAGGAGCAAGCCAAGUUUCUGAAAGUCACUGAAGUCGCGAGUGGCACACCGUCUCCGCGGUCUUCAUCGACCAUCAUUGCUUCACCAUCAAAUCGAGGGGAGAUUUUCCUAUUUGGUGGAGAAUACUUUGAUGGAUCACUCGCCACAUUCUACAACAAUUUAUAUGUAUAUCUAAUUGAAAAGAAUGAAUGGAGAGUUGUUACCAGCCCGAACAGCCCCCUUCCCAGGAGUGGCCAUGCAUGGUGCCGCGGGGGGAACGCGGGAGGAAUAUACCUCUUUGGAGGAGAAUUCUCAUCGCCUAAACAAGGGACUUUUUACCAUUAUAAUGACUUCUGGCACCUGGAUCCAUCCUCCAGGGAGUGGACUCGUAUAGAGACGAAAAGUAAGGGUCCUCCGGCUCGAAGUGGGCACAGAAUGACAUACUAUAAGAAUUACAUCAUAUUAUUUGGAGGUUUCCAAGAUACCUCGCAACAGACAAAGUACCUACAGGACGUUUGGGUUUAUGAUUGUCAAAAAUUCACCUGGUACAACCCUGCAUUGCCACCUGCAACGCAAAAACCCGAUGCUAGAUCAUCAUUCUCUUUCCUCCCACAUGAGUCAGGGGCAGUUCUCUUCGGCGGAUACUCCCGUGUCAAAGCUGCAACCAAAGUCAGCAAGGGGCAAAAGGGUGGUGGCAGCGGUGCCCAGCGUUCAGUCCUUAAACCAAUGAUCCAUCAAGACACCUGGUUUCUACGGGUCACCCCGCCUCCGGCGGACGCACAAUCUACUGCUUCACCAACUAUUCGAUGGGAGAAGCGGAAGCGACCCGUCAACGCCCCAAACCCGCCGCGCGCAGGUGUUACCAUGGCAUUCCAUAAAGGACGGGGUAUCUUGUUCGGUGGUGUACACGAUGUUGAAGCAACUGAGGAAGGUAUAGAAAGUGAAUUCUUUGAUAACCUCUUCGCGUGGAAUAUCGAAAGAAAUCGUUUCUUCCCCCUUCCGCUCCGAGCGCCCAAAUCGGGUGGUAAAAAGCAGCAAGUAGCUGAGAGAGCAAUGAAAUCACGCAAUAAGGGAAAGGCUGAUGAGGAAGAGCUACUUCGUAAUCUAGCCCUACUAGAGGCGAAGGCCAACCCAUCAAAAACCGAAGCGGAGCUACUGCCAGAGACAGAUGACAAAGAUGAAGAUGAACCCGAAUCGUUGGGGAAGAAAUCACUGCCAGUUCGGUUUGAGAUGCCUCAUCGCCGGUUCAAUACACAGCUUACUGUCCAGGAAGAUACCCUAUUCAUGUAUGGUGGUACCUUUGAGAGAGGUGAUCAAGAAUUUACACUUUGUGACAUGUAUUCCAUCGACCUGCUCAAGAUGGACGGCGUGAGAGAAAUAUUCUACGAGGAGCCCGAGCACUGGAAUGAUGCAGUCGUACCUGACAGUGAUGAAGGAGAGGAAGAUGAAGAUGGCGACGAUGACGAUGAAAGUGAUGAAGGUGAAGAUGAAGAUAUGGAGGGAGCCUCGUCCAUUACCGCACCUUCUACAGCUGCAACUGAAAUCACAGAGCCUGCCUCCGUGGAAGCUGAACCAGAGAAGGAAGAAGAACAAGAGCCAACUGUGGCGGACUCCCGCCCACACCCACGUCCAUUUGAAAGUUUACGCGAGUUCUACAGCAGGAGUUCGACAGAAUGGCAGGACAUUGUUCUAGCAAAGCUGAGGGAGAAAGACAGUGGUGCGGAAAUGUCGGUCAAAGAACUUCGUAAGGUAGCGUUUGACCUUGCAGAAGAUAAAUGGUGGGAUUGCCGUGAGGAGAUUACCGCCCUUGAAGAUGAACAAGCAGAGGCCGGAAUUGGUGAGGUGGUUAGCAUGGCAAGUCGAGGUGAUUCAGGGCCAAGGAGGAGAUGA